UAAAAAAAUAUAGAUUCUUACUACAAUGAAUAGCGAAAAGGUAUGGAGAGCCUUUGCAGUGGUCUGCAUAUGGUGGAUCUUUCUUGUAGCGGGUCAGGAAGAAAUAAACGUACUGAAUAGGAGUGGGUUUCCAAAUGGAUUCAUAUUCGGUACAGGCUCUGCUGCGUAUCAGUAUGAAGGGGCUGCUCGGAUAGGAGGAAAAGGCCCAACCAUCUGGGAUACUUUCUCCCAUAUCCCAGGGACAAUCGUUGAUGGGACCAAUGGGGAUGCUGCUGUGGACCAAUAUCAUCGCUAUAAGGAGGAUGUGAAACUGAUAAAGGACUUGGGCAUGGAUGCAUAUAGGUUUUCUAUUUCUUGGUCACGGAUACUACCAUAUGGAUCGGUCAGACGUGGAAUUAACAAAGCUGGAGUGGCGUACUACAACAAUCUUAUUAAUGAACUCUUGAAACAUGAUAUCAGGCCUUUCGUGACACUGUUUCAUUGGGACCUUCCGCAAGCUCUCGAGGGUAGCUAUGGAGGCUUUCUCAACGAGAAUAUUGUGGAAGAUUUUGAAGCUUACAGUGAAGUGUGCUUCAAAUUGUUUGGCGAUCGAGUGAAGAACUGGAUUACUCUAAACGAACCUCAAACCUUCACUACGUAUGGAUAUGAGAGUGGCACAUAUGCACCCGGCCGCAAUUCCUCUCCAGCAACAGAGCCAUACAAGGCUGCGCAUAAUCUUCUUCUUUCUCAUGCAGCUGUUGUGCGUGUAUAUAAGAACAAGUAUCAGGCGGUGCAGAAGGGAUUAAUCGGCAUCUCACUUAAUAGCGAUUGGUUUCUUCCCUAUUCAAACUCACACUCACAUCCUGACCAGAAAGCCGCUCAAAGGGCAAUAGAUUUUAUGUUUGGUUGGUACAUGGAUCCAAUUACAAAAGGAAGAUACCCCUCAACAAUGAGAAAGCUUGUUGGGGAUCGGUUACCCAAAUUUAGUGCCCAUCAAUCUGCCAUGGUAAAAGGAUCGUUUGAUUUUCUGGGCUUAAAUUAUUACACGAGUCUCUACGCUGCUGAUGUUUCAACACCACCGAAUCCUCUUAACACAAGCUAUACAUUGGACUCUCAAACUAAUCAAACAGGUGAGAGAAAUGGUAUGCUCAUCGGACCACAGGCAGGAUCGAGUUGGCUUUACGUGUAUCCGCGUGGAAUAGGAGAGCUGUUGAAGUAUAUUAAGCAUAGAUAUAACAAUCCGCUCAUUUUCAUCACAGAGAAUGGUGUUGAUGAAAAAAAUAAUGAUACAUUGUCAUUUGUACAAGCUCUAAAUGAUACUUGGCGAAUUGAUUUUCACUCAAAACAUUUAUCAUUUGUCCAACAAGCAAUAAGGGAUGGAUCCAAUGUACAAGGUUACUUUGCAUGGUCUUUUUUAGACAACUUCGAGUGGGCUUAUGGCUAUACUAUUCGAUUUGGUCUUCAUUACAUAGAUUAUAAGAACAACUUAAAGCGAUAUCCAAAAGCAUCAGUUUAUUGGUUCCAAAAAUUCUUGAAAUAAAUAAAUUGUAAUGCGCACUUUGUAUACCAUCAAUAAGGGUUGUGCUAUAACUGCAAUCCUUGUCAAGCAUUGCAAGGAUAGUGUUCAAAAGCCACAAUCUACGUAGUUUUCUAUGAAAUGUUCUUCAGUUCACUAAGUUGUUCAAUCAAAGCAUCUAGCCAUCUAUUUACAAAAUAUAAUAAAAUAAAAAAUCAAUAAUCUAUUUAA